GUACUUUUACGAUCCGACGGACAGCGACAUAAAUUCCUCAUUGACAGCGGAGCAGGAAUUAAUAUACUCAAGCGAAGAUGCGUAUUACGACCAAGAAUAACAAAAGAACGGAAAUUCUCGAUGGGACACUCUAAAUUUAAAACCAACGAACACGCUUUGAUAAAACUAUUUGGCAAAACUCUAGAAUUUUUUGUGGUAGAAGACAACUUUCCAAUUAUAGAAGACGGCAUACUCGGAAAACGACGUACCUCCAAAACAAGCAGUGUCAAAAACAGUCUACCUGGAAGGAAAACCGACAACGAUAUGCUUUAUCAAUGGUGGUCGACGCUCCUCUUUGCCGGAAUAGUAUCCGCGCAAAUAAAUAUUACACCAUUAGAAGGAAACUCUGUAUUCGUAGAAAACAUAGGAAAAGGAUAUUUGUACAGCGAUACUGCCAAUGUUAUAGUAGGAUUAGACACUAGCGACAUAUACGAGCAGAUCAGCACAAUAGAAUCAUAUAAAUUAACAAUAGACUCACGUGCAAUCAGCAAAGAAUACGCUGAAAAGUUAGACGGAUUACAAAAUCGUAUCAAUAACCUAAAACAACUCGCAAAACACUUGAAAGCGUUAACACAUACCAGAAGUACACGAGGUUUAUUCAACAUCAUAGGUUCCGUAUCGAAAAGUCUGUUCGGAACUCUCGACGAUGACGAUCUUACGCUCAUAAACGAGAAUAUGAACAAACUAUUCGAUGACAAUAAUAAAAUCAAGACCAUAAUAGCUAAUCAAACAGCACUUAUUAGAAAAAUUGUAAACUCAGAAAACCUAAACCACUUAGAGAGAUCACAUAGUGAUAUAUUAAAAUUUCAACAGCAGGCAAAUAUCGAUAGAUCUAUGCUUAAGAUGAUCAUGAAAGUCGACACCGCGAUGCAAACUUUACACUUCCAAUUAGAUGAAAUACUUAACGUCAUGAUAUUAGGCAAACAAGGAAUAAUUAGUCCACAAAUACUUGACCCCAAUGAAUUCAUAGAAAAUUACGCCAAGGCAAUAGGUAGCCAGAUGUACAACACCGCGAUUUCUGCCAAAACCGAACAUUUUCAAUUCAUACUCGACAUCAGUGAUCUUAAAAUCUUCACAAUAGAUGACAAAAUAUUUUUCAAAAUCAUAGUACCUUUAGUCUCUAACACAGAAUGGAACAUAUUACAAGUAUAUCCUAUCCCGAGUAAAAGAAAUGGAGUAUUUUUGGCUCCAGUAGUCGAACAUCAGAUAUAUUUAACUUCAGGUCUUUCAUUUAUAAACGCUGAUAUCGAGUAUUUCAACAAACUUUGUAAGAAUCGAGCCGGAACCACUAUAUGCAAACAAACACUACCAAUCCAUGACAGAAAUUCAAGAACCGAUUGUCGCAGCGAAAUAAUAAAUUUCAAACCACACAUUGAACAUUGUCAAAUAACUGUACUUAAGAUUGAAGACAUUAGCUUUAUACCGCUCAAAACUAGCAACUGUUACAUUGCGAUACCAGCAAAUCCGAUAGAAAUAGACACAAUUUGCCAAACGAAACAUACCUUACAAAAACUUGACAAGCCUUCCAUCAUAAGAGCUAACACUUCUUGCGAUAUAUUGUACAAAGACGAACACAUGCGUAUAGGCGAAACAAAAAACGAAGUCAUAUACGAAAUCAAAACAAAAACCCUAGCGCUCAAAACAAACGAUAGUUUCACUCAUCUAUUAGAUAAACUCGAGCGAGCACCGAAAAUAAUAGAUAAUUUACAAGGCUAUAAAACAAAGAUCGAUAAAAUAGGCGACGAGAUAGAAACUCUUAAUUUCGAACACAGAAUUAAAAAUAUACAGUAUUGGGGACUAACCACGCUCCAGAUAUUAGGGUACAUAGCAUUAGGCAUACUAGGUAUAUAUGGAUUAAACAAAAUAGGGGUAUUCAAAUGCAUCAAGAAAUGUAUACCGAACAAAUUAUGUAUCAAUUUAUUUUGCUGCCGAAAUGAAACUGUAAUCAACAGCCACAAUGCGACAGCCCCACCAGUACCACUCACCCUGGGCUCAACACCCAACAUCUAUAUUCCAACCAACACAUACCACUCAGAUGAAGAGGAGGAAUCAGCUGUAAUUUUCAAGCCACGUCAAGUCCGAUUCCACAAAAAUCUUCUGAAGAAAACUUGAGGGAUCAAGUUCAAUCU